AUGGAAGAACUGACUGGGAUAGAAAAUAAUGGAGAGAUGCAAGAGGAAAUGCUGGAAAGAUCACAGGAAAGCAAGGUAGAAAACUUAAGGGUAGAAUUGACAGAUGUUAAAGGAAUGUUUGUGAAAUCACAGAGGAGCAAGAGUCAGCGGGCUGCGGCCCCGGGUCCCAGUGGCCAGCGAGGCGCAGCGUUUGAAUCGGGGCUUCGCCAGUUACAGGGCUCGGGGGCCCGAGGCGCGCAGACAGUUACCAAAAACCCGGGCGGCCGCGCACUGCGGGCGACGAGGGGCAUCCUGGGAGGACUGCGGGGCGGCGGGGACCGACCCGGCACCACCGAGGUUCCGGGACCGGGAGGGAGGACGCCGAGCUCCAGCAGCCAGCGCGGGGCCGCGGCCGGUGAGCUGUUAAAUCCCUGCCGCUGUGACGGGUCUGUGCGGUACACACAUCAGCUCUGUCUGCUCAAGUGGAUCAGUGAGAGGGGCUCGUGGACCUGUGAACUUUGCUGCUACAGAUACCACGUCAUCGCCAUUAAAAUGAAACAGCCUUGCCAGUGGCAAAGCAUUUCUAUAACACUGGUUGAGAAAGUUCAGAUGAUUGCUGUAAUCCUAGGAUCCCUGUUCUUAAUAGCGAGUGUGACUUGGCUCCUCUGGUCAGCCUUCAGCCCCUAUGCAGUGUGGCAGAGGAAGGACAUCCUCUUUCAGAUCUGCUAUGGAAUGUAUGGUUUUAUGGAUCUAGUAUGCAUAGGUCUCAUCGUCCACGAAGGAGCUGCAGUUUACAGAGUGUUUAAACGCUGGAGAGCUGUCAAUUUGCACUGGGAUGUAUUAAAUUAUGACAAAGCCACAGACAUCGAAGAAAGUAGCCGAGAAGAGUCGUCCACAAGCAGGACUUUAUGGUUACCAUUGACCGCUCUGAGAAACAGGAACUCUGUCCACCCAAUGCAGCUCACCUCGCCGAGGUUUCAGUGCGGCUAUGUGCUGCUGCAUCUUUUCAACCGGAUGAGGCCCCACGAGGAUCUGUCGGAGGACAACAGCUCCGGGGAGGUUGUGAUGAGGGUGACCUCGGUGUGACCGGCAGGUGCAGCGACGCAGCGCACAAUUUGGAAUGUAAUUGCAAUGAAUGGCAAAGCCACAGCACUUCUAAACACACACACACACCUAUGAACUU